AUGAGGUGUGGGAUUCAGAGUUUCUUCUUUUUGACUCUAGGAGGUGCAGAAACACUGCUCCUGACAUCCAUGGCCUAUGACUGCUAUGUGGCUAUUUGCCGUCCUCUCCACUGUCACGUCCGAAUGGGCAGAAGACUGUGUGUGCUGAUGGUGACAGGGUCUUGGGUGAUGGGCUCUAUCAACUCGUGUGCCCUCUCCAUCCCUUAUUGCCAGUUCAGGGCUAUCAACCAUUUCUUCUGUGAUGUUCCCACCAUGGUGACCCUGGCCUGCAUGGACACCAGGGUCUAUGACUACAUGGUGUUCCUGAGCACCAUCCUCUUCUUUGUGCUCCCUCUCUUUGGUAUUGUGUGUUCCUACAGUCAGGUCCUCCUUGUUGUGUACCGCAUGAGCUCAGCAGAAGGGAGGUGGAAGACCUACUCCACCUGCAGUGCCCACCUCACUGUGGUAACUUUCUACUACUCACCCUUCACUUACACUUACCUACAGCUAUGA